AUGCCCCACGCGGCACCAGCCUCCGCCAUGUCGGCCCCGCCGCGCCACCCGCACUUCUACACCGUGGAGGUCGGCGACACGCGCUUCACUAUACUCAAGCGCUAUCAGAACCUCAAGCCCAUCGGCUCCGGCGCGCAGGGGAUAGUAUGUGCCGCGUACGACACGGUGACUCAGCAGAACGUCGCGAUCAAGAAGCUGUCGCGGCCCUUCCAGAACGUAACACACGCGAAGCGAGCCUACAGGGAGUUUAAGCUAAUGAAGCUCGUAAAUCACAAAAAUAUAAUCGGACUGCUAAACGCAUUUACACCACAACGAAGCCUCGAGGAGUUCCAAGACGUGUACUUGGUGAUGGAGCUGAUGGACGCCAAUCUCUGUCAAGUAAUCCAGAUGGAUCUGGACCACGAGAGGAUGAGCUACCUCCUGUAUCAGAUGCUGUGUGGAAUCAAGCAUUUGCAUCUCGCCGGAAUUAUUCAUCGGGAUCUGAAGCCGUCAAACAUCGUGGUGAAGAGCGACUGCACGCUGAAGAUCUUGGACUUCGGGCUAGCUCGCACAGCGGGGACUACGUUCAUGAUGACUCCUUACGUCGUCACCAGAUACUACCGAGCCCCGGAGGUAAUAUUGGGCAUGGGCUACACAGAAAAUGUAGAUAUCUGGUCCGUGGGCUGCAUCAUGGGCGAGAUGAUUCGUGGUGGCGUGCUCUUCCCCGGUACAGAUCACAUUGAUCAGUGGAAUAAAAUUAUAGAGCAACUGGGCACUCCGUCUGCGGCGUUUAUGGCGCGGCUGCAGCCCACGGUGCGCAACUACGUGGAGAACAGGCCGCGCUACGCCGGCUACAGCUUCGAGCGCCUCUUCCCCGACAUACUCUUCCCCAGCGACAGCAACGAGCACAACCGCCUCAAGGCGUCACAGGCGCGGGACCUGCUGUCGCGCAUGCUGGUCAUCGACCCCGAGCGCCGCAUCUCGGUGGACGAGGCGCUGCUGCACCCCUACAUCAACGUCUGGUACGACGAGGGCGAGGUCAACGCGGCGCGGGACCUGCUGUCGCGCAUGCUGGUCAUCGACCCCGAGCGCCGCAUCUCGGUGGACGAGGCGCUGCUGCACCCCUACAUCAACGUCUGGUACGACGAGGGCGAGGUCAACGCGGUCAGUGCCCCCACACUCAUACACUAUAGUGCAUUGCAACGUGGUACUGUGUCGUGGCGCCGGCUCGCAGGCGCGGGACCUGCUGUCGCGCAUGCUGGUCAUCGACCCCGAGCGCCGCAUCACGGUGGACGAGGCGCUGCUGCACCCCUACAUCAACGUCUGGUAAGACGAGGGCGAGGUCAACGCGGCUCGCAGGCGCGGGACCUGCUGUCGCGCAUGCUGGUCAUCGACCCCGAGCGCCGCAUCUCGGUGGACGAGGCGCUGCUGCACCCCUACAUCAACGUCUGGUACGACGAGGGCGAGGUCAACGCGGUCAGUGCCCCCACACUCAUACACUAUAGUGCAUUGCAACGUGGUACUGUGUCGUUGGCGCAGGCUCGCAGGCGCGGGACCUGCUGUCGCGCAUGCUGGUCAUCGACCCCGAGCGCCGCAUCACGGUGGACGAGGCGCUGCUGCACCCCUACAUCAACGUCUGGUAAGACGAGGGCGAGGUCAACGCGGUCAGUGCCCCCACACUCAUACACUAUAGUGCAUUGCAACGUGGUACUGUGUCGUGGCGCAGGCUCGCAGGCGCGGGACCUGCUGUCGCGCAUGCUGGUCAUCGACCCCGAGCGCCGCAUCUCGGUGGACGAGGCGCUGCUGCACCCCUACAUCAACGUCUGGUACGACGAGGGCGAGGUCAACGCGGCGCGGGACCUGCUGUCGCGCAUGCUGGUCAUCGACCCCGAGCGCCGCAUCUCGGUGGACGAGGCGCUGCUGCACCCCUACAUCAACGUCUGGUACGACGAGGGCGAGGUCAACGCGGCGCGGGACCUGCUGUCGCGCAUGCUGGUCAUCGACCCCGAGCGCCGCAUCUCGGUGGACGAGGCGCUGCUGCACCCCUACAUCAACGUCUGGUACGACGAGGGCGAGGUCAACGCGGUCAGUGCCCCCACACUCAUACACUAUAGUGCAUUGCAACGUGGUACUGUGUCGUGGCGCAGGCUCGCAGGCGCGGGACCUGCUGUCGCGCAUGCUGGUCAUCGACCCCGAGCGCCGCAUCUCGGUGGACGAGGCGCUGCUGCACCCCUACAUCAACGUCUGGUAAGACGAGGGCGAGGUCAACGCGGCUCGCAGGCGCGGGACCUGCUGUCGCGCAUGCUGGUCAUCGACCCCGAGCGCCGCAUCUCGGUGGACGAGGCGCUGCUGCACCCCUACAUCAACGUCUGGUACGACGAGGGCGAGGUCAACGCGGCGCGGGACCUGCUGUCGCGCAUGCUGGUCAUCGACCCCGAGCGCCGCAUCUCGGUGGACGAGGCGCUGCUGCACCCCUACAUCAACGUCUGGUACGACGAGGGCGAGGUCAACGCGGCGCGGGACCUGCUGUCGCGCAUGCUGGUCAUCGACCCCGAGCGCCGCAUCACGGUGGACGAGGCGCUGCUGCACCCCUACAUCAACGUCUGGUACGACGAGGGCGAGGUCAACGCGGUCAGUGCCCCCACACUCAUACACUAUAGUGCAUUGCAACGUGGUACUGUGUCGUGGCGCCGGCUCGCAGGCACGGGACCUGCUGUCGCGCAUGCUGGUCAUCGACCCCGAGCGCCGCAUCACGGUGGACGAGGCGCUGCUGCACCCCUACAUCAACGUCUGGUACGACGAGGGCGAGGUCAACGCGGUCAGUGCCCCCCACACUCAUACACUAUAGUGCAUUGCAAAGUGGUACUGUGUCGUGGCGCAGGCUCGCAGGCGCGGGACCUGCUGUCGCGCAUGCUGGUCAUCGACCCCGAGCGCCGCAUCACGGUGGACGAGGCGCUGCUGCACCCCUACAUCAACGUCUGGUACGACGAGGGCGAGGUCAACGCGGCGCGGGACCUGCUGUCGCGCAUGCUGGUCAUCGACCCCGAGCGCCGCAUCUCGGUGGACGAGGCGCUGCUGCACCCCUACAUCAACGUCUGGUACGACGAGGGCGAGGUCAACGCGGCGCGGGACCUGCUGUCGCGCAUGCUGGUCAUCGACCCCGAGCGCCGCAUCACGGUGGACGAGGCGCUGCUGCACCCCUACAUCAACGUCUGGUACGACGAGGGCGAGGUCAACGCGACGCGGGACCUGCUGUCGCGCAUGCUGGUCAUCGACCCCGAGCGCCGCAUCUCGGUGGACGAGGCGCUGCUGCACCCGUACAUCAACGUCUGGUACGACGAGGGCGAGGUCAACGCGGCGCGAGACCUGCUGUCGCGCAUGCUGGUCAUCGACCCCGAGCGCCGCAUCUCGGUGGACGAGGCGCUGCUGCACCCCUACAUCAACGUCUGGUACGACGAGGGCGAGGUCAACGCGGCACGGGACCUGCUGUCGCGCAUGCUGGUCAUCGACCCCGAGCGCCGCAUCUCGGUGGACGAGGCGCUGCUGCACCCCUACAUCAACGUCUGGUACGACGAGGGCGAGGUCAACGCGGUCAGUGCCCCCACACUCAUACACUAUAGUGCAUUGCAACGUGGUACUGUGUCGUGGCGCCGGCUCGCAGGCACGGGACCUGCUGUCGCGCAUGCUGGUCAUCGACCCCGAGCGCCGCAUCACGGUGGACGAGGCGCUGCUGCACCCCUACAUCAACGUCUGGUACGACGAGGGCGAGGUCAACGCGGUCAGUGCCCCCCACACUCAUACACUAUAGUGCAUUGCAACGUGGUACUGUGUCGUGGCGCAGGCUCGCAGACGCGGGACCUGCUGUCGCGCAUGCUGGUCAUCGACCCCGAGCGCCGCAUCUCGGUGGACGAGGCGCUGCUGCACCCCUACAUCAACGUCUGGUACGACGAGGGCGAGGUCAACGCGGUCAGUGCCCCCACACUCAUACACUAUAGUGCAUUGCAAAGUGGUACUGUGUCGUGGCGCAGGCUCGCAGGCGCGAGACCUGCUGUCGCGCAUGCUGGUCAUCGACCCCGAGCGCCGCAUCUCGGUGCACGAGGCGCUGCUGCACCCCUACAUCAACGUCUGGUACGACGAGGGCGAGGUCAACGCGGCUCGCAGACGCGGGACCUGCUGUCGCGCAUGCUGGUCAUCGACCCCGAGCGCCGCAUCUCGGUGGACGAGGCGCUGCUGCACCCCUACAUCAACGUCUGGUACGACGAGGGCGAGGUCAACGCGCCGGCGCCCGCGUCAUACGACCACUCAGUGGACGAGCGCGAGCACACAGUGGAGCAGUGGAAGCAGCUCAUCUACCAGGAGGUGGUGGAGUACGCGGCCCCGCCCCCCACCCCCCGCGCACCCGCCGCCGCCCGACCACACGCAGCCCGCGCUCACCACAUAGGUUUCAACCGAACUGACCGCCGAGAUUUAAUCGACGGACGCUUCGCCGAGUGUCGGAUUCGAGGAACGCACGCGUGUGACUUGUGUACAGAGAGUGUCCGAUACGGAACGGUCGUUUAG